UGCCGGACUGUCCAGGAAGAAGGGUCCCUUUCUUCAAAGACAUUCCUAAGAUUUCUUUACUUUUCUAGAGACUUAACCAGAAAGUUCUGAGCGUCUUUGGUUGUAUGACAUCUUAACUUGUGGUUUCAUGAUAUGGGACACUGUAUACAAAUAUUUUAAGAUGUGGUUGUGGAUUUUGAUUGGUCUUAACGUCGUCUCAAAAGUGCAUGGGUACGCAAAUGGUUACUUCCCAGAUUCAUGUGGAAAUAUGUUCGUUAACCACAGGGGUAGAGAUGGGGUGCAAUAUGUACCUCAGAACACUGAACUGCCCUUUACGAUGACUUUAACCUACAGCCAAAAGGGAGACCCUAUCAAAGUGACUCUCGAAAGAAAUCCAUCUGCAGAGUUCAGGGGGUUUAUGUUGGAGGCUUGGACGAACGGCACAGAACAUCCUGUUGGAAAUUUCAUCUUGCUUGAAUCUGAUAAGACUCGACUCCUGAAAUGCCGUAAUAUACCAGGCCAGGCUGUUUCUCAAAGAAACAAUCAAAGAAAGACUUUGAUUCAUGUUAACUGGACGGCAGGCGGACAAGACAUCACAGAUAUCAAUUUUAGAGUCACAUUUGUUGAGUCUUUCAGCAGAUUCUGGAAUGUGGCGAAUUUGAAUGUCACUUUACCUUCACCCACCACGCCCUCACCGAAUGACACAACGCCAAUGACUACAAUAAAAAAUACAACACCAGGUACUACAACAGAGACUACAAUGCCAAGUACUACAAAAGAGACUACAACGCCAAGUACUACAACAGAGACUACAACGCCAGGUACUACAACAGAGACUACAAAGCCAAGUACUACAAGAGGUACUACAAUGCCAAGUACUACAACAGAGACUACAACGCCAAGUACUACAACAGAGACUACAACGCCAGGUACUACAACAGAGACUACAAAGCCAAGUACUACAAGAGGUACUACAAUGCCAAGUACUACAACAGAGACUACAAAGCCAAGUACUACAAGAGGUACUACAAUGCCAAGUACUACAAAAGAGACUACAACGCCAAGUACUACAACAGAGACUACAACGCCAGGUACUACAACAGAGACUACAAUGCCAAGUACUACAACAGAGACUACAACGCCAGGUAUUACAACAGAGAUUACAAAGCCAAGUACUACAAGAGGACCAAGCACGACCACUCAAAGGCCCGGACUUUUAGACCUAUUUAAGGGAGUAGGUACUUCAGUGAUGAAUUUCAGAAGCGUGCUGGUGCUACUCAGAAUGGAACUACCCACUAUAUUAAUGACCAUGACCACCCUCGUUAACAGCCUCUGUUCUCAUCCAAAUAAGGGGUUAAAGAUAUCAUGCUGUCUGCUUUGUGCAGCAAUUGAGAUAUCGGCCCUGGUCUUGUUUUGUUUGGCUGAGCCCAUUAAAGUCACUCUCCUUGUUCUUGUGUGUGUGACGAUAGUGAUAAAUUUCGUGGAGCUGGUAAUCGUCUGUCUGCCAAUUGGACCCAGUCAUGAACUGAAGGAGAUCUCAGACAUUAUAGUCGAAGCGUGCUCUGUCAUCCAUAGCAUUUUUACAAUUGCUGUCAUCGUUGUUAGUGUUUUGGACAAUGACAGCUGUGGAAAGAAGAGGAAAGAUUCCUGGCUUGUGAAAGUGACGAUCGCCUUCACAGUGUGGAUGGUCCUGUUUGUAAUUUGGGUUAUCAUAAGAUGUAUUCUCAGAAACACAAUACUGGGAAGAAACAAAACAGGGAGUCUAAAAAGCAGUGAGAGCUGGAGGCGACAAAGAAAAAAGAAGAAGCCCAGUGCAACCGAAAAGAUUUUUUCUGCUGCUUCCGCCCUCUUCUUCUUUGGAGCCACAUGUUUCGCUGUCGCUGUCACUGUCGGGAUAUUUUGGUGUCAGGAAAAGUAGGCCUGUGCAUGAAGGUGUGCUGGUACUUUGUUUGCAUGUAAGUUAUAGUUGUUUAUCAGUUUCAUGUAGUUUUUGUAUUUUGUAUUUUUAAGUUAUUCAUAAAUAUGAAUUUAAUUAAAAUCACAGAUUCCUUGCUGCAGUUUGCACACUUGUAUGCAUGCACAUGCUUAAAAGGGCAUACUUUUACUUUUAUAUGAGUAGUUGUGUUUGACACUUGUUGCACUAUUCUCUGUACUCUUGUUUAUUCGUUUACUGAUGUAAUGACCUGAAAAUUCGCCCUCUGUCGGGAUAAAUAUAUGUCUAACUUUAACUAAAAAGCAGCUUCUUUAAAGUCAUUAAAAUUCAAGGGUGUAGGUUUUGUUUCAACAUUUGGGGGACACAUAUGGAACAGGGGAUUUGGAGGUUGUCCCCCAGCAAAUUUUAAGCAAGUUAUACGAUUUUGAAACUUAAUUUCCUGCAUUCUGGUAAUUUUUUUGUGCACAUGUGAAUAUUUUCUGCAUCAAUUUAUGAUGGAAAUGUCUUUGAUUUCUUCAAAACAAAAGCCCUCUGCUUUCAUGUAUUUGGGGGCUACAAAUGUCUAUAUUCUAAAUAUUGUGGCGGGAUGUGUCCCCUGCAUCUCCCCCAAAAUGCACACCUGUGACAAAAUGUAUGUUAAUGUAAAACUGUGUUUGCCUGUUUGGUACCUCGUGAGCUGUAAAUAUCACACAUGUUGAUGAUUCCAAUCAAACAAUAUCAAUAAAGCUACAUAUUUUGCUGGA